AUGCGACUGUCAUUCUCGCGUCCCUUCCUCGUCCCCUACGCCAGCCUACGACUUGCCGCCAUCGCCCAAUCUCAAAGCCCCCUCUCGUCCGGACUGCGCUCACGCCCCGGCCGUCCGAUGUCGUCCUCGUCGUACACGCCGCCUUCGGUGCUCAAGACGGCCGUCAAGCUCUCGUGCGUCCAGCUCGCCGCCGGCGCCGACAAGGCCGCCAACCUCAGCCGUGCGGCCGCCGAGUUCUUCCCCGAGUACGCCGAGACGCUGCUGCCCUCGCCGCCGACGGCCGAGCAGUCCCCCUCGUUUCAUGCGCUCGCUUCCAUGGCCGCCGACAACGCCGUCUACCUCGUCGGCGGCUCCAUCCCCGAACGGGAGCCGGAGACGGGACGGUACUACAACACGAGCUUGAUCUUCGGUCCCGACGGUCGCCUGCUCGACAGCUGCCGCAAGGUCCACCUCUUCGACAUUGACAUUCCCGGCAAGAUCACGUUUCGGGAAUCCGACGUGCUCUCGGCCGGCGACCGCAUCACGCUCGUCGACCUGCCCGAGUACGGCAAGGUGGCCGUCGCCAUCUGCUACGACGUGCGCUUCCCCGAGCUCGCCAGCAUCGCCGCCCGGAGGGGUGCCUUUGCCUUCAUCUGCCCCGGCGCCUUCAACCUCACCACGGGCGAGCUGCACUGGAAGCUUCUCGCCCGCGCCCGCGCCGUCGACAAUCAGAUGUACGUCGCCAUGUGCAGCCCCGCGAGGGACAUGAGCGCCACCUACAACGCCUGGGGUCACAGCAUGGUCGUCGAUCCCAUGGCCAACGUGCUCGUCGAGGCUGACGAGACGACGACGACGAUUCAGGCCGAGAUGGACGGCGCCGUCAUCACGGAGGCGAGAAGGAACAUUCCCCUGGGCGCCCAGCGGAGGUUCGAUGUAUACCCGGAUGUGAGUCAUGGCAAGGUGUAA